AUGGUUUCCUCGGCUGAUCAGCGGCCCCGCCCGCUGCCCUCCAUCACAUCAUUACAAAAGCUGCUCCUGUGCCUGAGCGCAUCAUUACAGCUUGCACAUGCCGGCCCCUACCCAAAAGAUGACCUGCACGAUGUCCUGGGCGCCGGCUUCUUGGUCGACCGCAGCUGCGCAACCUACUGCGGAGUCGACAACCAGUACUGUUGCGCUCAAGGGCAGGCCUGCACCACCAAUGCAGGCAUCGCAGGAUGUACCGAUACUGCCCUCGGCGGUGGCUUUGGUAUUUAUACCACAACGUGGACCGAGACGGACACGUACACCAGCACCAUCUCGAGUUACUACCCUGCAACCACCGGCGACAACGGUGCCGAUUGUGUGCCUCCAGCAGGCUCAGGCCAGAUUGCAUGUGGCCCAAUCUGCUGCGCGAGCUGGCAGUACUGCGCCUCUAACGGCCAAUGCGGUGGGGGACCUGGCCCCGGUGCCGGUGCGACAACUACUGAGGCCGCGGGCGGUGGUGGCGGCGGCAUGAUUACGUCCACCAUCACCACCAGUGGGACCACCAUCACUACCCAGUACAGCGCGCCAUACAGAGUGACCAGCGGCACCACUGGGACCGGCACGACCACCUCCACAGGUACAUUGGAGAGCGCGACGGCCACGGGAAGCGGCAACGGGACCGCCGUGACUACCGGUGGAAAUGGCCUGAGCGGCGGUGCUAUCGCCGGCAUCGUCAUCGGCGUCAUUGCCGGAGUCGUCCUGCUGCUCGCCAUUUGCGCCUGCUGUAUCAUGCGCGGCCUGUGGCACGGCCUGCUGGCCAUCUUCGGGCUCGGCCCCGGGCGGAAGAGGAAGUCUCGCAGCCGUGACCGCGAGACCAUCAUCGUCGAAGAGGAGCGCUACAGGCGCGGCGGCAGCGCAGCAGCUCACUCCAGACGAGACACACACACCGGCUGGUUUGCGGCACGGCCGCCGCCGAGGUCAGCAGCAGGCAGCCGGCGUGCAUCUGGCGUGUCGGAGAAGAAGAGGGAAUCGACCAAUGCUGGGUGGUGGGGAGCUGGCGCGCUGGGUACGUUGGGCCUGUUGCUAGGCCUUCGACGAGACAAGAAGCGCAAGGAGCAGGCGAAGCGGACGUCACGGGCGAGAAGCGACGUGAGCAGCAGCUACUUCUCGGACUCGUACACGGCCAGCAGCCCCAGUGAGUUCUCUUCAGACUACACUUACUCCAGUGUUUAUACGCGUCCUCCGCAAUCCCACGCUCCGGUCCAGGCCCAUCGGGGCCCUCCUACCGUGUACUCGGCAUCGGGUGCCGGUAGGGAGAGGGAUGACUAUUUCAAAUCUAACGUGCCACCCGAUUAUGCAGGCUCCGCGAGCUCUGGUGGUAGGACACGAGAUACACGCCGUAGCCGCCGGACGGAGACCACACGCAUCUCGCGUGCUCCGUCCCGGCGGUGA